AUGUCAAACACCUUCGACGGAGUCUUGCGAGAGUUUCCUUAUAUCGGCGUAGAUAGGUUCAACACUUCAGCGUCGGUCUUCCUUCUUACUCAUUGUCAUGCGGACCAUUUGUCUGGCAUCACUAACAAGAGCUUCACUAGCAUCGUAUACUGUUCGGAGGAGACGAAACUGCUUCUAUCCUUAGACUCCAGGCUCAAAGGCCUGCUCAAUUUGAUAACAGGGGUUCCAUUCAACGUAAAAACGCGCCUUGAGACUCCCCACGACACGGCCAACGCGAUCUAUAUAACUUUGAUAGAGGCGUAUCAUUGCUUAGGCGCAUGUAUGUUCUUGGUCGAAGAACGGGUCUCACGGGCGGUACUUUGUACGGGUGAUAUACGGGCUGAGAGCUGGUGGCGUGAAAGUGCACGCUUGUCCCCUGCAUUGUUUCCAUAUACCAGUGGCGACAAAAUACUAAAUUGCAUCUAUUUCGAUUCUACUUUUGCUUAUAGAGGAGAACCGUAUAUUGAAAUUCCCACGAACUUCAAUGGAAUACACACUGCUAUUUCAAUGCUACGAGAAUACCCAAAGAACGACCCAGAGAUCAAGUUUGAGUUUUGUGACACGACACUUGGUUUUGAACAAGCUUGGGCCUAUGUGCUUAGCUAUUUUGGUGGCUCAUUAGUUGUGAAAGCCUCAAGCUUGAAGCAGAAAUUGCUUUUGGUUGCACAAUAUGACCGGAUUAACGGAAAUAUUCUACGGCGAGCAAUGUUGCCACCAACAGCAUUCAAUACGGGCCCAGUUUUUUAUGGGGGAUCAUCACCGAAAGGAGACUUUUCUAUCGUGAGAAUAAAACAAUGCAUUAACUUCAACAUAAAAGAUUACACUGGAAUAUGCUGUCCUAUCUCUAUUGAAUCUAUUCCCUCAGCCACGGACUUAAAUUUACUUAAGGUCACGAAGGCUGGUAACAAAAUCUACGAGUUCCUAGGACGACAUUGGGUUCUUCCCCUCAAACAAAACGAGCUUCUACCUUUGAAAAUCAAGCUUCUUUUUUCCAGACACUCAUCUUAUAGUGAGGUGAGAGAGUUCCUUUCUAUGUUUAAACCGCAAGAAGUGUUUCCAUGCGUUUAUUCCCAAGAAGUAUGGUCAUCUGGGUUUAUAAUGGCUCGAAUAUUUGGAGACAUUUGCAGCAGGCAGGAGUUCAAUUAUGAUAGUAUGAUGGCUACUAUGUAUGGCUUGCCGUCUCAAGAGAUUAGAGAUCGGCCCGUCGUAACCAUAAACCGUUGGAAUAUAGAGGAU